AGGGAGGGAGUGCCGUUUACAUGGAAAACGCCGAGGAACUGCAAAGGCUGCAGGGCGCUGUGCCGAGUGCUGGCGAAUCGAGCCAGGCGAUGGAAAACGAGACCACCCCUAGCCGCCCCGAUCACCUCCAGCGCAUGCCGCUGCAGGAGCAGCUGCGCGAGCAGUCUGCCCUCGUCCCAACUACAAUGCCAGCCUUGCGCGACGACGUCUUGGCCCCGGCGGCUGCCGAGGCCCAUGCGGCGCCAUUGCCACCGCUGGACGCCCAGGCGGCGAGGACAGAUGACCUUGGCGAAUCCAUUCGCCAGACAAUGAAUCUCAGCCGCCUGGAGGCGUGGCUGGGGGAGAUGGACGGGCACGUGCGACGGGCACUUGGCGACGCCUUGGACGAGGAGUUGUUCAGCAUGUUGGACGAUGCGUUGAAGUCAUUGGAACAGCGGCUGAAGACGCGGCUGGAAUCUGCGCUUGCCGCCACCGACAAGCGGCUAGAAAGUCGUCUGCGCGACCUCAUCUACGCCCAACGGCGGAAAGUGCGAGAAGAAUCUGCGCGAGAAGACAUUCCCACUCGCCAGAGAUCUCCACCAGCCUCUCUCGGCUCCAUCACCAUCCACAUUCCUUCGCCAACCAAUCCUGCCCCCAUCACCAUGCACAUUCCCGCCCUAAACCUCCCUUCAAUCUCUGCCACCGGCGCCGCUUCUGCCACCGGCGCCGCUACUGCCACCGGCGCCGCUUCUGCCACCGGCGCCGCUACUGCCACCGGCGCCGCUUCUGCCACCGGCGCCGCUACUCUCAGAACCCCUCCCAGUACAGCACGCCUGUCACCGCUCUGCUCUUCUUCCACUUCCGCCGCCGCCCCCGGCGCCUUCUCCUCGGAUCCUGAGGGCCUGGGCGAGGGAAGUUAUACUUCAGUGACAAUGUAUAUUCAUGGUUUUAAUGCAAAUUUUCGUGGUUCAAAUGCCAUUGUUUUAAUGAUGAGUGCACCACGACGUUAGUUGGAGGUGUUGGAGUACCUGGUGGGCGCCGGCGCCAACAUCGAAACGCGCAACUUGCAGGGCGCCACUCCACUUCAUUCAGCCGCAUCCUCCGACAAGUCGGGCAGUUGCUCGGCCUCGCUCUUGAAUGCGGGAGCGCGCUUCGACGUCGUGGAUGUGGAAGGAUGGACUCCGUUGCACACCGCCGCCGCCUUCGCCAACAGAGUCGCGAUGCAACACCUCCAGAACGCGGGAGCGGACCUACAUGCCCGGGACGUGAAUGGCUUCACGCCAGCCGACCUGGCUAAAGGCGCUUUGGUGAAGCUGCUCGGCCCUUGAGCCUAGCCCACCACGGGCGCCAUGCGCAGCCAACGGGCCGCUGCGCCCCGCUCCGACACCGUGCCGCCGGCGCCAUGCGCAGAGCUUCGGCAACUGCGCCCCGCCCCGACACCGUGCCGCCGGCGCCAUGCGCAGCUUGCUCGGCAUAGAACUCACCUUGGUCCACCGUUGAGGUUCCCUCCAUUCCACUUUCUUUGCCACUGACAUUUUAGUAAUUCUUAAACUUUUAAAAAUAUGCUACGUGGACUACACUGAAUUUAAUGUUUUUGCGCCUACCUCAAAUAUUCAAUUUUUUAAUGAU